AUGGGCGUCCCUGGGAUGAGAGGACCUGCUCGGCAGCAGCAAGAGAAGGGCACCUGGAUGUUCUGCGUUGGGCUAGGGCACAUGGUUGCCCUUGGAACCACUGGACCUGCGAAGCGGCAGCACGGAAUGGACACUUGGAGGUCCUGCGCCGCUGCAAAAGCGGGAGAUUUGCACAUUCUGCAGUGGGCCAGAGCAAACGACUGUCCAUGGAUUGCCCAAGAGUGCAUUGGGAGCCCCCACCCCCACAUCGUGCUCUGGGUCCUAAACAAUUCGAAUCUCAACGAGAUUAGCAGCGACCAACUAAAAAGGGCUGCCUUCAUCGCCGCCCGGGAAGACGAUGUCGGCAGCUUCCAGAAGCUGCGUGCGUUCUGGGCCUCUCUCUCCCCACUCUACGCUGGCCCCCGGUGUGCGAGGCUGGCGCGGUCGGAGGGAAUCCAGCUGCGACCUGAUUCAGAAGAGCAAUUGCGACGUGUUCUGGCUCGGCAGGUGGCCGCCGGCGUUGUUUUGAAACGUUUUCCCAAAGAAGUUCGGCUGCUAGUCUUCAGGAUGGCCGAUUUCCUCUGGGUGCCCACGGGGGCAAGUUAG